AUGGCCAAAACCAAACCUGGCAAAAAAGACCUUGAUUCCUAUACCAUCAAAGGCACCAACAAAGUUGUUAGACCUGGUGAUUGCGUGUUGAUGCGGCCAUCAGACACCGAUAAGCUUCCAUACGUGGCACUUAUAGAGAAAAUCGAGGCAGAUCAUCGAAACAACGUUAAAGUUCGUGUACGGUGGUACUACCGGCCGGAGGAAUCCAUUGGGGGACGCCGUCAAUUCCACGGAGCCAAAGAGUUAUUUUUGUCAGACCACCAUGAUGUGCAAAGUGCACACACAAUCGAAGGCAAGUGCACAGUGCACUCCUUCAAGAACUAUACUAAGCUUGAAAAUGUUGGAGCUGAGGAUUACUUUUGUAGGUUCGAAUACAAGGCUGCCACCGGUGGGUUCACUCCUGAUCGUGUAGCUGUGUACUGUAAAUGCGAAAUGCCAUACAAUCCGGAUGAUCUCAUGGUGCAGUGCGAGGGAUGUAAAGAUUGGUUUCAUCCUUCUUGUAUGGGUAUGACAAUUGAAGAAGCCAAAAAAUUGGAUCACUUUCUAUGUUCUGACUGUUCAUCUGAUGAUGAUGCGAAAAGAUCUUUGAAUGUAUUUCCAGUAUCACCAUCUCUUGAGGCUAAGGAGCACCCAUUCAUUAUUGGUGUGGAUGACAUGGAGUGA